AUGAUGAUUGUUUACAUGCUCAAUAAAUUGACUUCCAAAGAACGAAAAGUGAGUUUUUAAUAAUUUUUUCAAAUAAAAUUUAAAUUUUUCAGCCUACUCUUACCGACAUGCCACAUAUUGUUGCUGAUAAUAUAUUCAAAAAUUUGAACGCUUUUGAUGUUUGUAGAUUACGCAGAGUCGCCACAGGGUUUCGAGAUUAUAUUGAAAAGUAUAAGAUGGGUGAAAUGUAUGUUUUUCCUUCAAAAGUGUUUCGAAAAAAUAAUUUAUUUCAGGGAUUUUCAAUGUACAAAUUUGACAAUUAAGAAUGAUGUAAUAACAACAAAUAGAAUUUGGUUUCCAUAUUACGCAAGAAAUUCAAAAUUCAUGGAUUUACGCGAAGUAUCAUGGCCAUUUUCAGAGCAUUUUGACUUGAAUUGGUUUCGCCCUCGUUACAUCACUUAUGCAAAUUCAACAAUUUUUGAAUCAAACGAAUAUCUUCCAAAAUUCUCAAAAGAUGUUUGGAUGCUCCAUCUCGAUAAUAUCAUCAAUGAAAUAAAUCAAUCAAUUCGAAAAGAAAAGCUGAAUAAUAUUUGCAAAAAAUUGAAAUAUAUGAACGAAUUAUAUUUUUUUGCAUGUUCCGACAAUUAUCUAACCGAGGAAGAACUAGCAACACUUAUUUUGAGUCUGAAACCGCGGAAAACUCAUAUAUGUGUUGAAUUCAAUCAAAAACUCCCAUGUCUUAAGAAAUCAGUGCUUUCUGCAUUUUGCGAAAUAACACAGAAAACUCACGCUGCAAUUCGAAUUUGUCAUCCUUUAUAUCACAAGCCGAAACCAGAUGGGAUUACUAAAGUGGAGCAUGAUAUGAUGGUUGAAUCCUUUAGGUAUUUGGAUGAAGGAGACGUUGAAGGAAUUUUAUGGUUUCUUGAAAAUCCAGAGGUCUGUGUUUAAUUUAUUUUCUAUUUGAAUUAUAUUUAUAUUUUCAGAACUCACAAAUGUACAAAAACAUUAUCAUUUUGAAAUGUGAUAAAAGAGUAAGAGAUGAGAUUUUUCAAAAAGUUCUUGAAAAAUUUGGUGUUCUGAUUCCAACUUUCACAGAAGACGACAUUUCGAUGGGACCACGCUGUAUUUCUAUGCGUGUUCGACAAUAA